GCACGCGCGGCAUGCAGUCUCUCAACAUCACCAGGGAGCAGUUCUCCCGGCUGCUACGGGACCACAACCUGACCCGCGAGCAGUUCAUCGCGCGGUACGGGCUGCGGCCCCUGGUCUACACCCCGGAGCUGCCGGGGCGCGCCAAGCUGGCCUUAGUGCUCACCGGCGUGCUCAUCUUUGCUCUAGCACUCUUUGGCAACGCGCUGGUGGUCUACGUGGUGAUCCGCAGCAAAGCCAUGCGCACGGUCACCAACAUCUUUAUCUGCUCCUUGGCGCUCAGCGACCUGCUCAUCGCCUUCUUCUGCAUCCCGGUCACCAUGCUCCAGAACAUCUCUGACACCUGGCUGGGGGGUGCCUUCAUUUGCAAGAUGCUGCCAUUUGUCCAGUCUACUGCUAUCAUGACAGAAAUUCUCACCAUGACCUGCAUUGCUGUGGAAAGGCACCAGGGACUUGUGCAUCCUUUUAAAAUGAAGUGGCAAUACACCAACAGAAGGGCCUUCACCAUGCUAGGUGUGGUUUGGCUGGUGGCAGUCAUCGUUGGAUCACCCAUGUGGCAUGUGCAACGCCUUGAGGUUAAGUAUGACUUCUUAUAUGAAAAAGAACAUGUCUGCUGUCUGGAAGAGUGGGCCAGCCCUGCACACCAGAAAAUCUAUACCACCUUCAUCCUUGUCAUCCUCUUCCUCCUGCCUCUUAUGCUGAUGCUUAUCCUGUACAGUAAAAUCGGCUAUGAACUUUGGAUAAAGAAAACAGUGGGCGAUUGCUCAGUGCUUCGAACUAUUCAUGGAAAAGAAAUGUCAAAAAUAACCAGGAAGAAGAAGCGAGCUGUCAUUAUGAUGGUGAUGGUGGUGGCUCUCUUUGCUGUGUGCUGGGCACCUUUCCACAUUGUUCACAUGAUGACUGAAUACAGCAAUUUUGAAAAGGAAUAUGAUGAUGUCACAGUCAAGAUGAUUUUUGCUAUAGUGCAAAUAAUUGGAUUUUCCAAUUCCAUCUGUAAUCCCAUUGUUUAUGCAUUUCUGAAUGAAAACUUCAAAAAAAAUUUUUUAUCUGCAGUUUGUUAUUGCAUAGUAAAAGAAACCUUAUCUACAGCUCGAAGGCAUGGAAAUUCAGGAAUUACAAUGAUGCAGAAGAAAGCAGUGUUUUCCCGGAGAGAGAAUCCUGUGGAAGAGACCAAAGGAGAAGCAUUCAGUGAUGGCAACAUUGAAUUCAAAUUGUGUGAACAACCAGAGGAGAAAAAAUAUCUCAAAUGACAUCUUGCCCUGUUCAAUUCUGAACUUUCUGAGAAUUCUGCUUUAGUCAGUGGGCACUAAUUAUAACAAGGUCUUCAUAAUUAGUACCAUUCAUAGCUUAAUCAGAAGAGAAAAUUAUUUUGAACAAAGGUCAAAUAAUUUUUUAUUCUUGGAAUGAUAAAAAGAAGGAAACAAAUCAUUCUUUCAUAAAAAUAUAACAUGCAUGGAAACACAGUUUUGAAAAAUUAGUAAAUCAUCCUUCUAGAUCAUAAAAGUGGAUUUAAGAAAAA